AGAAGUCGGGGGAGGGUGGUGGGAGUCUGAGGAAAGAGGCAGGCUGGAGAAGCUUCUCAACAAGGCAAACAGCAACGCUCUGCGAAAACGACUUUAUCCACCCGUGUUCAACAUCAACCUGAGGCCGACGAGCGGCGAAACCUCCCCGAGUCACCACUUAAAUGUUCCUUUGGAUUACUAGCACACUUUCGUCGAAAAACGGACGUGAUUUUCAACUUGGCAGCGCAGCCUCGGAUUCGCUACACUGGUCACGUAAAGGACUCGUAGAGAGAUGAAGACUCUGGAGGAGCCCCCUUACUUGACAGUAGGGACUGACGUGAGUGCCAAGUACCGAGGGGCUUUCUGCGAGGCCAAAAUUAAGACGGCCAAGCGUCUGGUCAAGGCUAAGGUGACCUUUAAAUCAGAUCUCUCUACAGCUGAGGUCCAUGAUGAAAGCAUCAAAGGACCACUAAAGGUGGGUGCUAUUGUAGAAGUCAAGAGCCAAGAUGGUGUUUGCCAGGAGGCCACAAUCAAUAAGCUGACCGACGCGAGUAUCUACACCGUUGUGUUUGACGAUGGCGAUGAGAAGACUUUAAGGCGUUCCUCCCUCUGCCUUAAAGGCGCCCGCCACUUUGCGGAGAGUGAGACUCUGGACAGACUCCCUCUCACCAAUCCCGAGCACUUCGGCACACCCGUCAUCGGUAAAAAGGGUAACAGGGGCCGACGGUCCAAUCCAAUCCAAGAGGAAGACCUAUCUUCAUCCUCCAGUGAAGAAGAGGAGAGCGAUCAACGGCAGAAUGAAGAUCUGUUUGGCAAAGUGGUCUGCGUGGAGGGAGUGGCCAUGGGGGAUAAAAAGAAAAUCACGUGGUAUCCUGCACUGGUCACCUCCCCCGACUGCCACGAUGACGUCACAAUGAAAAAGGAAAGCUUAUUCGUCCGCUCUUUCAAGGACGGAAAAUUUUACAUGGUGCUACGGAAGGAUGUUCGAGAGAUCGAGGCAGAUUGUCCCCCUAAGGCUGAUGCAGGGCUGAAGCCAGCGCUGGAUGCAGCCCUGGAGUUCCAGCAACAGUUGGUCAUUCCCAAUGCCUGGAAAACUGAAGUGAAAGAGGAAAGCUCCAGCAGUGAGGUUGAUGAUGAUGAUGAAGAGGAGGAACAAGAGGAAGAUGCCAGUGCUGAGGAAGAAGAGGAGGAAGUGGAGCCUUACCCCGAAGAGAGGGAGAACUUCCUUCAGCAGCUCUACAAGUUCAUGGAAGACAGAAGAACGCCCAUUAACAAGCGGCCUGUUCUGGGUUACCGGAAUCUCAAUCUGUUCAAGCUCUACAGACUGGUCAACAGCCUGGGAGGCUUCGACAAUAUUGAAAGUGGCGCUGUUUGGAAGCAAAUCUACCAGGACCUCGGAAUCCCUGUGCUCAAUUCAGCUGCUGGCUACAACGUCAAAUGCGCUUACCGCAAGUACCUUUAUGGCUUUGAAGAAUACUGCACUUCCACAGCCAUCACAUUCAAGAUGGACCUGCCUUUGAAGCAGGCCCCCAAGGGAGAAGCGACGUCUGUAGUCGAGGGGGGAAACUCAGCCCCCACGUCAGCCAUCCCAGAAGAGCAGAAAGACCAUGGAAAUGCAGAACCCAAAUCUGUAGUCUGCAAGGAGGAGAAGCUUGAGGUAGGGCUGAACCAAAGUCAGUGCACAUCUUCAAAAGCUGGGGGAAAUGACAGAAAUGGAAACAGCACCUAUGAUGAGGAGGAGGAGGAGGAGGAGGAGGACGAGGAGGAGGAGGAGGAGGAGGAAAAAGACAGUAGCCCCCACACAGGAGACGCAGAUGAAGGUUCUUCCACGUCUCGCCUCGGAGCCGAGAGCAUAAAACAAGAGCACGAUGAGGACCAAGACGGCAAGGACAACUCUGGGGAUGACAACAGUCAGGAGGGGGAGGAAGGGGAAGAGUUUGAGUGUUACCCCCCGGGGAUGAAGGUGCAGGUGAGGUAUGGGCGAGGCCGCAGUCUGAAGACGUACGAGGCCACUGUGAAAGAGGCAGACGUGGAGGGGGGAGAGGUGCUCUACCUGGUGCACUACUGUGGCUGGAACAUCAGAUAUGAUGAAUGGAUCAAAGCAGACAAGAUUGUUCGCCCAGCCAAUAAGAAUGUACCAAAAAUAAAGCACCGUAAAAAAAUAAAGAACAAAGCUGAGCGGGAGCGAGACCGGUUGGAGAGGCUCAACGACAGAGACGUCCUCGGUCCUUCAUCCAAUAAUAUCCGUGUCCCUCGUUCCAAGUGUGACCUGAGCCAGGAAGUAUUUUCCAACCUGGAUCACGGUGACGACCAACAGGCUCAGCAGCACUCCCCAGCCAAGUCCAUAGAGAUUACGUCCAUCCUCAAUGGUCUGCAAGCCUCUGAAUUGUCUUCAGACGAGAGUGACUGUGAGGAGGGAGAGCACACUAAAGAAGACCGCGACACAUGCAGAGAUGUAAAGGGCACAUCAGAGCUUCAGAAAACCUCAGAAUGGAGAGAAAGUGGUACUUCACCCAAUGAAUCCAAACCUUCUGCAGUCUCAGGGAAGAGCCUUGAGUUAAUCAGCGGGGAAGUGGGGAAGCCCAAACCGGAUUCGAUUGGGGAGGCAAGUACCAGGAAGAGGAAAUCUGAAGGGGCAGCAGAGAGGACCCCAAAAAAGCAGUCCAAAACGAGGAGAGCCACAAGAAGCGCAGACUGGUUGCCGGUAGGCUCUUCCAGGAAACUGGAGGAGAGGAGUGCUGGUGCCAUGGAAGAGAGAGGGGCCUCAUCUAGUAGUAGUUCAGAUGAUGAGGGAGCAGCACUUUCUGGCUCCCAGGCUGACGGCAGUGAACGAGGCCACCCAAAAAAUAAAGGCCCCCCUUCCAAAAAGUACAAUGGGACAAAGGAGAAGAACAAAUCCAGCAGACAAGCGGGAUUCUGGGACAUUCCUGAAAAGAGGGCCAAGAUGUCUGGGAAUGGAGAGGAGAAGCAGGCUGUGCGCUCAAAAGGCCAAAAGGACGUGUGGUCCAGCAUUCAAGCGCAGUGGCCAAAGAAGACUCUCAAAGAGUUAUUCUCUGAUUCGGACACAGAGGCCGCUAAUUCUCCUCCACCGCCCGCACCUUCCAGUCUGGACGAUACAAGUGUUGAGCAGGAAGCGGGACCCGAAGAUGACGCCUCAGAGGAGCACAUAGAAAAUGACAAAGUGCAAGAGUUCCCUAGUAGUGGCAGUAACUCUGUACUCAACACGCCACCCACCACACCAGAGUCUCCCUCAGGUAGAGGCAGUACAUUAGAAGAUUGCGGCCAAGCACCGCCGCCUUCCCCACCGGCGCCGCCCACACCCCCCUGUCUGCCUCCGGUGUCAGCUUCUGCAAGUCUCCUGGCGGGGCUGGUGCAGGAAGAGGUGGCAUGCCGACGCAGUGAGAGUGACAGCAGCACAGUAGAAGUGGAGAGUCUGGGUGGGGAGUUGCCAGAUCUUCCACGGGACGAAGGGACGGGUUCCCCACCAAAAGUGUUUGAUGCCCCGCUCUCCUCCAACAGCAGCAGCAACUGCAGCCUGGAGGUGAGCAGCAGCAGCCAGCAUGAGAGCGAGCAAAAGUCCAAAGCAUCUGUGAAUCAGAAACGGCAGAAAGAACCGCACACAGGUGGCGUCGCAAAGAAAUCUAAGCCAAACCGCAAGAGCCUUGGUGUGCCUCCCAAAAAGAAUAGGAAAACAGCCAACAGCAGUGACAGUGAAGACCAAUCUCUCGUGGAAGGUUGUGUCAAAUCAGCUGCCACCAAGAAUGACACAUCGGACGUCAAGGUUACUGUUUUGCCUAAGUGUCGCGGCCGAUCUCCCCCGUCAAGCCAUAAGUACCACAAGCAGGGUGACGCCGAUCACUCGCAGCACCGGGAAAACCAUGGAAGAUCGCCGCGGGUUUACAAGUGGAGCUUCCAGAUGUCUGACUUGGAGAAAAUGAGCAGUCUGGAAAGGAUCUCAUUCCUUCAAGAUAAGCUUCAGGACAUCAGGAACCACUACCUCUCCCUCAAGUCUGAGGUGGCUUCCAUCGACAGACGGCGAAAGCGCAUGAAGAAAAAGGAACUGGAAAGCACUGUUGCUGCGUCAUCUUCAUCCUCCUCCUCUUCACCAUCCUCGAGCUCGCUGACAGCAGCAGUCAUGCUGACGCUGGCCGACCAACCGGUAUCUUCAUCCUCCUCGUCGUCACAGAACUCUGGGGUGUCAGUGGAGUGCAGGUGACAGGAUGUAGCAGCAAGGAGCCGCCGCACUAAGCACUUAACCAGCACCCUGGGGUCGAUGCCCCCGUUUCCAUCCCACAGGAUGGACAAGUCAAGCUACAUACUGUAACAACUGGGGAACAAUGCCAGACCAGAGACAAAACAAACAAACAAACAAACAAACAACAAGCACUAUUUUUUAUUGACAACUGUUUUCUUGGCAAGCUAAUGGCACUUAAGUGCACUUUUAUGACGAUUGCAUGGGGGCGUGAAAUUUGUCUAAAGAGAUUCACAAUUGUCUUUUGUGCUCUACCUAAUUCUAAUUGAACAUUUAUAAGAAUACAUUUUUACAAGCAAUAGCUGUUUCCAUUUGAUAAGAAAUGCAUUGGUAAGGGAUGAUUUUCAUUCAAGUCCCUCCUGUGCGCAGUCCUCGUAGCUCAACGCGGUGCCACCAGAGCUCAGUUUGAGGAAUUCAGAUGAGCCACGUUGGCAUUUAGGACAAAGUAAAUGUGUCACUUAACCAUGUUCCCUGUCCAGCACCAUCAUAAAAAAGGCUUUUGUCAGUCCAAAAUUCUGAUGACAAUGCUCAUCAUAUCUUCUUCAGGCGUGCAUAUGUUUGCAUUGAGUCUCGGAGGUCACUGGUAGCCACAGUGGAUGGAUUAUGGUAUGAUACUGUAGUGCCUUGCAGUUCUUUUCCAUGUGGCACUUGGAGGAAGGACAGAAUCCUUUUCCUGCUCCUCCUCUCAAAUCAGAGGGUUGCCUGAAAUGAUAUCCCUUACAAAAGACUCAAGAAUGCCGUGUAACUGAGUGAUUGUGUGUUUCUCUGUAUGUGAAAGACGGUGAAUAAUGGCUAGUGAUGGAUUUUAUCGGAAUAUUUAAUUGUAGAACUAUACUGGAUCGCCUGUAAUCUACUACUGAAUACUUAUCCAGCUUGGGUAGAAACCGUGCAAUGAUGAUGAACGCAAUGGUUGUAUUUCUUCAUCACUUCAUCGGCCUUUUUUUUUUUUUAACCAUUUCUUGGUUCAUGUCUCCAUUUUUAACUACAGUCGUUAUCAGUCUUUUUGUCUUGACUGAAGACUUGCGGCAUGUCCCCAACUGGAUCAUUGACUUGAAAAUAGCCGUAAGAGGUAUUUACAGUCGAAAUGAAGAGGAGUCCCAUGUGUAGUGUUCCAAACAACAUGAAGUAAUUUAUGUUAAGUGUGCUUUGUUUUCAUGAAAUAAGGCAAAACAUAGUUUCCCUUCCAUGUCUGUUACACUUCUCAUACUCAUCCUUCCGUAAAAGACUUUGUUUUCCAUGUGCUAUGACCAGAAUAAAAGUAAAGAUAUUGUAAAUGUACAUUUAUAUUAUACAGUGAUGUAUAUGGAUACAACCUUUUCUCCAGUGUUUCCUUUGUAUCAAUCUCUACUCAACGAUAACCUGAAGUUACAUUUUGUUUAGCACUUGUAUGUAAUUGUACGCUUUUGUUAUAGAUUUGUAUAUUGAGAAGUGUUUUGAGUCAAGCUAUUUAAUAUCUUGCACUGUUAAUAAUGUACUUUUUUGUACAGACAGUUUUACGCUUUUAACUGUACUUUGUGUAAAUAUUGAGUCACCGCAUGCAUGUUCUCCUUUGUCCCCAUUCAGUUUUUCUUGUAAGAUUUUUUUUGUAGUUUGUCAAUUUUGUUCUGACUCAUUCAUUUAAAUGGUUGUUUCCCUGUAUGUUUUUGCAUUUUUAAAUUUCACGUAAUAUUUUACUUUGUAUCCAUUUUUUGUUUUUAUUAGCUUGUGCUUGUCAGAGAAGAAUGGUGUUUUUUUUUAUGAGGCUGACCUAUUUUCCAAACGGCAUGGGAAAUGGUUAGGCUCAUUGAUUAUGAUAAAGGAUCUUAUUGAAAUAGUAUUUAUUAGGUUCAUCCGAGGACGGUCAUUGUGUAAUUUAUUGUACAAAUGCAAAGCAAAAGCCUCUGUUUGAAAUAAAUGCCAUAGUUUGUGAAGUA